AUGUGUAUGAAGCAGGAUUUCUACCUUGAAAUACAGAACGAAGUAAAAGUCAACGUUGUUCUCCGCGACUGUGCGCAACAGAAACACGAGUACCAAGAUUACAAGAACGGCUUAUGGUCACCAAAGACUGAAGUAGUGGAAGCCUAUGAAGAAGGCUGCUUUAGUCCUGAUGCUAAAGGAUUGAAAUCUGUUGUAAAUAGAUUUUGCUACUGUCGUGACAACCUCUGCAACUCAACUCAAACGAACCACGAGGGCUACACUGACAUCAUGGGAGUGAUCGUAGUGUUUAACCUGAUGAAGUACAUAAACAGCCUUAGGUAG